GCCAUUGCGGGUGGCUUUCGGACGAGCUCACGUCGUGUAUUUAUCCUCAGUGGAGCGCGUGAGCGCCUUUUGCCUUGCGAUCAAUCGUGAAUUUCCCUGCCGUCGUCACGGAGUCCGAAGAUACGAUGCCGCAUAACAUCUACUAUUCCGACAAGUACUACGACGACCAGUACGAGUACAGGCACGUUGUUUUGCCAAAAGAGCUGGUAAAAUUGGUACCAAGAACUCAUCUGCUAUCUGAGCAAGAAUGGAGAGCCAUUGGAGUCCAGCAAAGUCAAGGAUGGGUACAUUAUAUGAUUCAUGAUCCUGAGCCACAUAUUCUGCUAUUCAAGAGGAAAAUAACGACACCCCCGGAGAUUAAAAGGGAUGAGAAAUAAAUUAUAUGGCUAAAUUAUUAUAUCAACUUGUACAUAACAAUUUAGAUCAUGUUCAUAUUUAUGGUGGAACACAAUUGUGAUUAUAAAAAUCAUGCUCUUUUUUUUUCUCUUUUUAAAUAACAAAGUGCAGUGCCUAAUGUUGUUGCAUGAUGCCGAAUCAACUUUCCAAAGAAUCUGAUUUACAAAAUCACGCAAAUUACACACUAAUAUUUGAUUAAAUUCCACAAAAUAGUAUGUCCAUGGUCUUUGUAUCUUCAAUUACUUCGCUUUGCCAUUCGUAAAAAAAAUGUCAAGCAAAGUAUGCUGUAUAUAUGUCUAUAAAGUAUUUUAGUUCUUAAUCUCAUUGUCAUAGGCUUUUUUUCUGUAUUGAAAGAUGAAAGGUGUCUCGCGACACGCUAACUCUGACAAAGCGAAAUGCUCUAACUGUCUCCAAAGGUUGUAGUUCUGAAGCGAAGUAAUUUAUAAGAAUUUACUCUUGUGAUUACAGUGCCUUGUAAGAACUUAGUCCAAAAAAUCUCAGUUAAAUUAUAUAAGGCGCUUAGAAUAAUCUUUCAUUAAGUUUGACAAAAGUUUUAGUAAUUUAUACGAAGGAAUACCGUAAACAUUAAGUACUUUCUAUGUAAUUCCAGUUAUCACAAUUGCAGAAUCUUUACUUCAACACAAGAAGUUUUGCACAUGGUUUCUUUUCCGUUUCGAGUAACCUACCCUUUGUAAUCAUAUACGAUUUAUGUAUCUUGAAGGCUGUAUAACUGGAUACAUUAAGUUCAUACUCGAAAUUUACGUUGCAAUCAAAUUGCUAUUUAUGUAAUACACAUUUUUUCACACACUCGAACUUCAGGUAUGCUUAACAUCUGAGCGAUUUUGAUUUGCUUUUUAUAAGAAAAAGGGAAAAUGUAUUACUAAUAUUAUGUUAAAUAAAUGGUUGCAUUUAUGAACAAUA